CAACCAUCAUUGAGUCCGACAACAAAGAAGAAACCGUUGUGGACUGUGUGGUACUGUAUACCCUUGAGCUCUCAGUUCUCCAAGGUUUAGCGUUGAACGUUUAACCAUACCCAUCUUCUAACGACACACUCUUUACUACAACAUGACACACACCCUAAGUGCACUGGGGUUCCUCCUCUUUUUCUCUCUGGACCUAGUUUCCGCACGCCACAUUCCUCGAAGCUGUCAUCCUCAUAGGAGUGUGUCUGGAAAUAGCUCCAGCAGCCAGCCGUCGUCCAUCACUACUGUGGGUAGCGCACCUCCUGACAAUAGCACCGACACCAAGUCGUCGUGUUUCCCGUCUGCACAUUUCAAUAUGCCGUCUAGUGUUCCCAGUUCGACCGAUAAUUGGUGGUGUUCUGCCGAUACCGAGUAUGCAUUCCUUGGAUUCAGUUAUGAGGUCACUGCUUGCCAAUCUCCAAGCAAGCUCAAGAGUGACUUUGCCGACAUCAAGAAUACCUUUGGAUCGAGAUACGUCCGCCUUUAUGGGGCUUGCGACAGUGACGGUUUCUACGAUACUAUCGUUGACGCUGCAUGGGAGGCAGGCCUAGGUGUUCACGCUCUGAUCUGGUUCGGAUUCGAUGGAGGCGAUCAGUGGAUGGCUCGCCGUGACUCGCUGGUUUCUUCGCUCACUACCAACCCCAAGGCCAAGUUCGUCACUCGGGGCGUCCAAUUUGGUUCUGAACCUCUGUUCGAUAACGUCCUUCCGCAUUCGGAGCUCGCAUCCCAGGUCCUGUCUUUGAAAUCCAAGCUCCAUGGCGUUGGUAUCCCUGUUACUGUCAGCGAACUCGCAUAUGGAUACCAGGAGCGUGGCGGGGCUCAAGAUGUCCUCAAUGCUAUCGACUUUAUCAAUGUCCACAUGCUUCCUUUUUUCUCGACCCUUGCAACUACUGGUUCUGCUGCAUGGCCGCUCGUUGAGACUGACAUGAACUGGUUUAUCCAACAUGGCAAUGGCAAGAAGAUGUACUUUGACGAGAAUGGCUGGCCCUCCGUCACUUCACCUGGCGUCCAGCCUAAUAGCGCUCUUGCUCAGUCCUCAGUGACUAGCGAGAAGGGCUACUUUACUAUGCUUGAUAGUCAUUGUGAAGACCUUAAACAGGGCCCUCAAGGUGGUAUCGGUUGGUUCGCUCAUAUCUACAGCGACGACCAGGAGCCUGGUUAUGGCAUCUACAAUACGGCUGGGAACAAGAAAUUCGCCUUCAAGCCUCGUACGAGUUGCUAGACCACAUUGUCCCACAACUCAGACACUUGAAUAUCCGUUUAUACAUCCAUUCCUUUUUUGCAUGGUACAGGGCGUGAUUGAUUCACAUUUAAUGGACUUAAGGGGGUUUACAUCAAUGUACUAUACUCAAAUGACUCAAUCACCAUCACCUAGACAUUCUUGCAUUCUUAUUUGUAUACCACGGAACAUACAUACCAAUAUUCUGUAGCAUGAUGCAUGUCUAGUGACAAACAUAUACCCACGUAUUGCAAUCGAUCUUAUAGUCUGAGACCCAAG